AAUAGAUAGAUAGAUAAGGGGCAAAAUAAAAAAAAGGCUGUCUUUUUGCCUCUCCUUCAAUAUAAACAAUCAAAACCUCUCCAUUAUCCCCAAUCUCAAUUUUUGACUACAUAAAUCUAAAAUCAAACAAAAACCCACCAUGAUAUCAUCCAUGGCUGCCACCUGUUCUCCAACCUCUCUAAAGCUUCGGUUAGCCAUGAAUUGCCAUAACCGUCGAAUAUCGCCUCCAACACAAACACGGCCUUGGAUGAGGAACAAGGAGGUAGGUAGUGGUAGCUUUCGCUUCCUCUUCCAGCCUCAAAAUGAAUGGUGUUUUGAUGGAGGUUCGUGGAUUGGGUCGAGUUCUGCUGCGGAUAAUUUUGCUGGAUGGUCUGAUUCGGAUCAUGAUAAUGAUCAGUCUAUUGAGAAUCAGAGAAAGAAAUGGCUUAAAGGGAUUGUGGGAGCUGGAGUAGCCGGGGUCAUUCUAUUUGCAGGGCUUACCUUUGCAGCAUUGUCUUUAAGCAAGUGGAGCACUUCCAGGCCAAAACAACAGAUGGAACCAUUCACAACUCAGCAGGAAGUUUCAUUGGCCUCUGACAAGGAGGAUGAUAAAGUUGAGGAGAGUAAAAGUGAGGACAGAAAUGAUAGUGAUCUGGAAAGCGAGACAGAUAUACAAACAGAUCUUUCUUCAUUUCCAGAACUUAAUGAAGCACCCAGUGAAAAUGUACUUGGUGACAGCACUGAGACCUCGACUGUAGACAAUGUUGAUUAUGCUACUAGGGUCAGUGGUACCGGUAAUAAUGAUUCUUUUCAAGAAGAUUUACAAUAUGAAUCAAGUUUUGAUGACAAGUCUGUUGCUCCUGAAAUGACUCCCAGCUCAGAGAAUUUGCCCAGUUCUGAAAUUAAUGCAAGUUCCCCUGUAUCAACUUUUGAAGUAGAUAAAAAUCCUGUUAAUGUCGAACCUAGCAACAUGCCAAAUAUAACAAAUCUUAACACGGACCACCAGAGUGAAUGGCCUGUCUCGAAGAUAAAUGAGAAUUCUGAUCCUUCAUCAGAUUCUUUUACUUCCACUGUUCUUGAACCCAAAGAGCCUAUGGGUGUGAAUAUUUCAGACAGUUCACCCAUGGAUACAAGUUCAGAACCUCAAAUUGUUCCUGAAGAUGAUACGGAAGCUGUAGCCUCUCUUUUAACCAAAGAAAAUCUUGAUCUGAGCAAUACAACACAGAACUCAGCUGAGAGAAAUAGUUCUUCCCUGGAAGUGAAUUACUUAGAUGAAAGUGAUUUCUCAGGAACAGUGUCUGAGUUUGCAAACCAAAAAGCCAUAAUUGCUAAUAAUGAGAUGAAGGAAAGCAAACCAUUUUUUGAACUGCCAACUUCUGAAAUUUCUUUCUCCUCUGCUGGUAUACCUGCUCCAUCUGCAGUUUCUGCAGCCUUGCAGGUGCUUCCUGGAAAGGUUCUAGUUCCAGCAGUUGAUCAGCUUCAGGGACAGACAUUUGCUGCAUUGCAAGUUUUGAAGGUUAUUGAGGCUGAUGUUCAACCUAGUGAUCUAUGUACACGCCGUGAAUAUGCUCGCUGGUUAGUUGCUGCUAGCAGUGUUCUUUCAAGGAGCACGGUGUCAAAAGUAUAUCCUGCAAUGUACAUAGAGAAUGUUACUGAACUUGCGUUUGAUGACAUCACACCUGAUGACCCUGAUUUUUCAUCCAUUCAAGGCUUAGCUGAAGCAGGAUUUAUCUCAAGCAAGCUUUCGAAUCAUGAUUUGCUUUCUUCUUCAGUUGAAAACCAAGGUCUAUUUUACUUUGCUGCUGAAAGCCCUUUAUCACGCCAGGACCUUGUAAGUUGGAAGAUGGCCCUGGAUAAAAGACAACUUCCAGAAGCAGAUAAAAAGAUGCUAUACAAGCUUUCUGGGUUUAGAGAUAUUGACAAGAUAAACCCAGAUGCAUGGCCUGCACUUGUGGCUGACUUGUCUGCAGGAGAUCAAGGAAUUAUAUCACUUGCAUUCGGUUGCACGAGAUUGUUCCAGCCUGAAAAACCUGUCACAAAGGCCCAAGCUGCUGUUGCUCUUGCAACUGGUGAGGCUUCUGACACAGUUAGUGAAGAGCUUGCACGCAUUGAAGCAGAAUCUGUGGCAGAAAAUGCUGUUUCUGCCCACAGUGCUUUAGUAGCUCAAGCUGAACAGGAUAUAAAUGCAAGUUUUGAGAAGGAGCUUUCCAUGGAGAGGGAAAAGAUUAAUGCUGUAGAGAAAAUGGCUGAAGAGGCAAGGUGCGAAUUAGAAAGGUUAAGAGCUGAGAGGGAGAAGGAUGGUGUGGCCUUGAUGAAGGAACGCAUUGCUAUUGAAUCUGAAAUGGAAGUUCUUUCAAAGUUAAGGCGUGAAGUGGAGGAGCAGUUGCAAAGCCUUUUGAGCAACAAGGUGGAGAUAUCAUAUGAAAAAGAAAGGAUUAGCAAGCUUCAAAAGGAAGCUGAGAUUGAAAAGCAGGAGAUCUCUAGAUUACAGUAUGACCUAGAGGUUGAGCGGAAAGCCUUAUCUAUGGCCAGGGCUUGGGCUGAAGAAGAGGCAAAAAGAGCAAGAGAGCAGGCAAAAGCCCUUGAAGAGGCUAGAUAUCGGUGGGAGAAGCAUGGCAUCAAGGUGGUUGUUGACAGCAGUCUUGAUGAAGAGAGUUCUACUGGAGUUACAUGGCUGACUGCUGGAAAACAAGUCUCUUCUGUUGAAGGAACUGUUAACAGGGCUGAGAACUUGGUGGACAAGCUCAAGCUAAUGGCAGAUAACGUUAAAGGGAAGUCUCGAGAAGUAAUUGAUAAAAUCAUACAGAAGGUACAGGUCUUAAUCUCAAUUCUGAGAGAGUGGGUUGCCAAGGCAUAUGCACAGACCAAAGAACUUAAAGAAGCCACCAUCUCAAAGACACGGGGAUCAAUACAAGAGUUGCAGCAGAACACAACUGAAUUUAGUUUUGCCAUCAAGGAGAAGGCAAGAGGAUCAAUGCAAGAGUUGCGGCAACAUACUGCAGAUUUUAGUUUGGCUGUCAAGGAAAGCACAAAGCGGGUGGCAGAAGAUUGCAGGGAGGGAGUGGAGAAACUCACACAGAAGUUCAAAUCGUGAAUACUGCCCUGACCUCCAGUUUCUUCUCACUGUACCAGUAAUAAAUUUUGCAGGCAACUAUUACCGAGAAAUUAGAGAUGUAAUAUUCGUUUAUCAACUUUCAUAAUCUUCACCCUCUUUUGAAAAUGUUAGUUGGGUGUUGCCACAAAUUACCAUCUCAAAUAAAAUGUAGCUCUGUAUUUUAAUUACUGUGAAAUGGAAAUGAUAUCCGCGCUUGUGGGAUUUGUGAGUA